AUGUCGCACCAAGACUGGACUCCGGUGGUGUGGAAGAAGAAUCCACCAAAGGGCAGUACUACCAAGGCUAAACAAGCAGGGGAACCUGUAUCCGUUGAGAAAAAGUUUUUGGCUGGGCAAAAUAAGUCCGGCAAGAAGCAUCCUCCCAAUGCAGUAAAGAUUGAGCAGGAAACUGAGAAUUUUAGAGUGGAACGCGUAGGUUACUCUUUCAGAACUGCUUUGCAAAAGGCCAGACUGGCAAAGGGGCUAACUCAGGCCCAGUUGGCUAUGAAUAUAAGCGAAAGUGAGGCACUGAUCAAGGACUAUGAGAGUGGCAAAGGGAUACCCAAUGUUCAAGUUGUACAAAAAAUUAAUCGGGCUUUAGGGGUACAACUACCAAGCUUCAAAAAUUAA